CAGGCUGAAGCAGCCUUCUCAACGCCCGGAAACACAUCCACCCUCGUGUGACUUAAUUGUCUCCAUCCACUUGCAUUGUCGGACUAGGCUUUCGGAAAGCAAGACUUUCAUUUUCGCGGAGUCAUCAUGCGGUCUAUUUUGUGCAUCCUGCUGGCCUGCGUCGCCGCGAGCCAGGCCUUCGUCGUGGCCCCCGCACGGGCUGGCCUGUCAACCAUGCCCUCUCUCCGCGAGGGAUCAUUCGUCUGCAGCCUUCCAUCCACUGCAUCGUUGACGGUCGCACAGGGAGGGGGGAACGUUGCAGUGUCGAGACCGAGGAGGACAAGCCGCGGUGAGCUUCGCAUGGGAAAGGUGUCCAAGUUCGGCAUUUUUUCCCCCGCCGUCGUCGCAGCCAAGGUUAUCCUUGGCGAGAGCAGGCUCAACAAAAUCAGGGGGAAGGGUAUCGCGUUGCAUUCGCAGGUGAUCCAGGAGUACUGCCGAUGGGUGGGGGCUCCCCCAAAGGUGCGCGGGAUGCUCAUCCGGAAGGCGAAGGGCAACGGAGACGACCUAGGGUUCCUCUUCUGAUCUUUCGAACUCGCCCUUCCUGAGAGUGUUUUUUGUUUUCGACGAGUUUUUUUUUUGUACGACACGGCGGCAGACGGUGUCGCUACAAGAGAAGAUUUCAGGGGUUGGAAUGAGCCCUGUGGAGUGUAAAAGGAGAUGGUCUUGCGGGCGGCUCCCGCGAGGAGAAAGAGCAGGACGAGUGGUUGUAGAAAGAUGGCAAGGGACGCUGGCACUGGUGUCCGCUGGAAAUCUGGUCCGUGAUGAACCGUGCCGAAGGUUGGAACCUUGGUGAAUUGCAAUUUACUGGCAGACUUGCGUGGCUGGAUAGUCUCGUCUUUGCCGAACAAGCCCUAUAAUACAUGUUUAUUUCAACGGUCUGCUUGUGCACCCGCCCCGCGGAUGUAAGGGUGCGCGACUUCGCUUUAGAGAGGGCAAGAGUUGAUUGCGUAGGUCGUGGGUGCUUCGUAGAUCUCUCUUUCGGGGAUGUUGCAUCGUACAUGUAGCAGAGGGGUUUGUAGUGUGGACAGAACUGAAUCCCCUACAACGGGGCUUGAGAAUAGGGCUAGAUAUUUGGCGGCAGCAGCAAUGGUUCCGCUGAAGUGUCAAACGUAACUAGCAGAGCUUCCUGCAGUACUUACUCGUCGUGAGGCGACACCCAGCUCAUGUCAGCACAUAUUUGAUUUGUCACGGGUCAGGUCAAGUAAUGACCUUGCAUCUUUCGACAUCUUAAUCAUACGAGUC